AUGUCAGAGACAGGAGCAUGGCAGUGUGUCACUCACAAAUGCUGUUUCUUUGAUGGUAGUGAGUCUACUCCAAAUUACUGGCACAUCCUGUCCUUCUUGUUUGCUGUUCAGGAGAUCAACCAGGAUCCCAGGAUCUUGCCCAACUUCACCCUGGGAUACAACCUAUUUGACACCUAUUAUGAUGGCCGACUGGUUUCCAAUGCCAUGUUAGAUAUGCAUUCCGGUAGGGAGAACAAUAUUCCAAACUAUAACUGUGGAAAACGCAAGAACCUCUUGACUAUUAUUGAAGGGGCUGAAUCAGACAUCUCCAUCCAGAUUUCUAGCAUGUCGGGCAUCUACAAAAUCCCACAGACCAUGCCUCGCUCCAGGUGUACGGAGAGCUGUCGCCCUGGAUACGCCAAGGUGGUUCGAGAAGGAGAACCGGUUUGUUGCUACACUUGUGCUCUGUGUGCAGAAGGGACCAUAUCCACUCAGAAAGAUGCAGAGAAGUGUACCAGGUGUCCUGAAGAGCAACAUCCAAACAAAGACCAAGACCACUGCAUCCCAAAGAUUAUCGCCUUUCUUUCAUAUACAGAAUAUUUGGGCAUCCUCUUGGCUUCUUCUUCCCUUUUCUUGUCAUUUACUACAGGUAUGAUGUUAGGAAUCUUCAUUAAAUACAAGGAAACUCCCAUAGUCAAAGCCAACAACCGGGACCUCUCCUUCAUCCUCCUCAUCUCCCUCCUGCUUUCCUUUUUGUCCUCCUUCCUCUUCAUUGCUCGGCCAAGAAAAUCGACCUGCUUUCUCAGACAAACGGCCUUCAGCAUAAUCUUCUCUCUUGCAGUCUCUUCUGUGUUGGCCAAAACCAUCACUGUGGUGCUGGCCUUCUUGGCCACAAAGCCAGGGAACAAGUUGAGGAGAUGGCUGGGGAAAAGUCUGGCCAACUCCAUUGUCAUUUCCUGUUCCGGUGUCCAAGUUCUCCUCUGCACCAUCUGGUUGGGAAUCUCUCCCCCAUUCCCAGACUUUGACAUGAGCUCCCAACCUGGGCAGAUCAUCCUGCAAUGCAAUGAAGGGUCUGUGGUCAUGUUUUAUGGUUCCCUUGGCUACAUGGGCUUCCUGGCUGCCAUCUGCUUCACAGUGGCUUUCCUAGCCAGGAAGCUUCCGGGAUCCUUCAAUGAAGCCAAGCUGAUCACCUUCAGCAUGCUGGUCUUCUGCAGUGUUUGGGUGUCCUUUGUACCCACCUACUUGAGCACCAAGGGGAAAUACAUGGUAGCCGUGCAGGUCUUCUCUAUUUUGGCCUCCAGUGCUGGGCUUCUGGGCUGCCUCUUCAUUCCCAAGUGCUACAUUAUUGUUCUGAGGCCAGAUCUGAAUGCAAAGGAGCAUCUGAUGAUCAAAACUAAGGAUAGCAUUUGA